ACGGCAAUGCUAUCCAGAAAACCUAAAGGACAUAAAAACAAAGGAUUAAGUUACUGUUCAGGCAAAACAUACAGACAAUUGCAUAACUACAAAUUUGCUACAUCAGAAAGAGAACAAUCUAUGGCCUAUAAAAGCCAUGUUCUACUUACAUGUUUCAACACAGAACAAUAUACAUCCAUAUAGAAUUAAGCAAGUGAAAAAAAAUGGCAUUCCAAUCAUCCAUUUCACUGCCUCUUGUUGCCUUAGCUUUGACAAUCCUAUUUGUAGGCUCCAAUGCAGGAGGAAUUGCUAUCUAUUGGGGUCAGAAUGGAAAUGAAGGUACCUUAGCAGAGACUUGUGCCACAGGGAACUACGAGUAUGCGAUCCUAGCUUUUCUUUCAAGUUUUGGCAAUGGUCAGACUCCAAUGAUAAACCUUGCUGGACACUGCGAUCCUUACAGUAAUGGCUGCACAGGAUUAAGUUCCAACAUCAGCUCAUGUCAGGCCAAGGGCAUCAAGGUUUUGCUUUCUAUAGGAGGUGGUGCUGGUAGCUAUUCCCUUGCUUCCUCUGAGGAUGCAAGGCAGGUUGCUACUUACUUAUGGAAUAACUUCUUGGGAGGUCAAUCAUCUUCUCGUCCACUCGGACCGGCUGUUCUAGAUGGGAUUGAUUUUGACAUUGAAAGUGGAACAGACCAAUACUGGGGUGAUCUUGCUAGGUAUCUCUCAGGUUAUAGCAAGAAGGGUAAGAAAGUGUACCUAACUGCAGCUCCACAGUGUCCUUUUCCUGAUGCUUCGAUAGGAAAUGCUCUCAAGACUGGUCUAUUUGACUAUGUUUGGGUCCAGUUCUAUAACAACCCUCCUUGCCAGUACAAUUCCGGUGAUGCCAGCAGCUUUGAAGAUGCAUGGAAACAGUGGACUUCUGAUAUUCCUACCACCAAAAUUUUCCUAGGACUACCAGCAUCUCCAGAAGCUGCAGGCACUGGUUUCAUUCCUGCAUCUACUCUCAUAUCAACUGUGCUUCCAGUUAUUAAGGAUUCAACUAAGUAUGGAGGUGUUAUGCUGUGGUCCAAGUACUAUGAUGAUCAAAGUGGCUACAGUUCUUCCAUCAAGAAUGAUGUUUGAAUACAGUAUAUAUUUGAUGGAUGAACGUUAAAAAGUGUUCCUAAUACAUUUCAUAUGUAAUUAUAUGUACAUGAGAACUUAAUGUUGCUUAUGAUAAAUAUGAUAUUUGUGCAGUAUAAUAAAAU